AUGGACUUGAUUGCUUCUUUAUUUGCCGGGAUCACUAUCUUACUGACAUAUCAGUGUCUGCUCGUGAAAUCUAUGCCUACAAAUGCCACGAACGAAAAAAGCGACAAAGCAGGGAUAUUGUCAUCUUACUGGAACGAUGUUCUGAUGGGAGCUCUUAAUACAAAUGACCACCAUAUCAUAAUGCAAGAAUUGAAGAAAAAACACUAUCAUUGGAUAGAUAUCACCCAGCUCGCCAAACUGUCUGAAUUUGAAGCUGAACAACAGUUGAAUGACUUGGAUCAUCAUCAAGACAAGACUAUAGAAGAUAAAGCAGCUGAUAUCGAAAAAGAUGUUGUCAAUGGUCUUGAACACUUUUUGAAGGACCUUGACAAGACAGCUGAGAAUGAAAAUCCUAAUGAAGACGACCUGGUUACGUUAAGCGAACACAUUGUAAAUGAAAUGGGGAAGAUAGAUAAUGGCAUGGACGACGUACUUUAUGACGUCAAUAAAGCAAUAAAUACCAUGGCAAAAAACGUGAAGAUUGGAGACAAUAGAAGGGUUAAUAUCGACAAUAAAGUCCAGUACAUGCACGAUGGAGAGCAAGACAGCGACAAUGUAGACAAAGGCGCUAAUGAACAAGAAAAAAACAUUGACAUAAAAAUGGAUGGCACUGAGAAUGAUUUUUUCAGGAACAUUGGCGUUGAAGGGAAGGAGGAUGGUAAUGAAUUGGAUGAUAUAGAUAUUGGCGUUAUCAGAAUGAAUAUGCUUAUGCAGAUGAUGAAAUCUACACAGGACAGUGUUGAAAAUGAAGCAAGUGAUAAACAUGUUGAUGAAUUGAUUGGUGCAUUUAAGAACAGAAAGGAAAGUGAUAGCGGCAACUUUAUCUCCGAGCCAGGAUCAGUCUAUGCUUCAGUAAAGAACAAUAAAGAAAAACGAGCAUAUGAAAUCGUGGAUGAACAAUACUUUGAUCAUGCGAAACCGGAUGGCACACACCAAGAAGAAGGUACUGCAACUAUUGACAAUAACGAUGUAGACAAGACACUUCGGCAGCUGCUCCAACAAUUUCAAGAAUACGCCAAGUUUAGAAUCGCAGGCAUGCUAAAAUUGAUGCAAAAUGCUGCCGCUUCAAAAAAUUCUAUCUGA